UCUUUGAGUGACCGACUAAAAAGAAGAUAGAUACUUACUCCUAACCAAAAGGAAACUAUCUUCUGUGUGUGAUCGACUAAAAAGAAGAGGUGAAGGGAAGGGAGGGAAAAGCAAUUGCUCUUUGGCUUUUUCUUCACUCAUUGCAUGUGAGGUGAAACAUUUCUCUGCAGUUCCUUCCUCCAUCUGUAAAGCACAACCUAACCCCCACGCCGAAGUAAUGCUAUUCUUGCACCGCCCUCUCUGUCUCUCUAUAUACAUAUUCAUUCACGCCGCCCCAAGUCUUUAAUCCAUUUCUCUUUCCGCAGCUAAUUAAGGAAACAUGGUAACCAGCGAAGAUAGGUCGGAGAUAGUGUUUUUCGACGUGGAGACAACCAUACCUACGCGAACAGGACAGAGGUAUGCACUGUUAGAAUUUGGGGCAAUUGUUGUUUGCCCAAGGAAGCUUGUCGAGCAACACAGUUACUCCACUCUUGUACGACCCUCCGACUUCUCCCUCAUUUCAACGCUUUCCGUUCGCUGCAAUGGAAUAACUAGAGACGCUGUCACUUCUGCCCCUUCAUUCGCUGACGUCGCCGACAAAGUCUUUGACAUUCUCCAUGGGAGGAUAUGGGCGGGCCACAAUAUAAUGAAAUUUGAUUGUCCAAGGAUUCGGGAGGCGUUUGCUGGAGUUAACAGGCCUGCACCAGAACCUAAGGGAAUAAUUGAUACACUUGCUUUGUUGACUGAGAGAUUUGGAAGGAGAGCUGGUAACAUGAAGAUGGCCUCUCUUGCUACUUAUUUUGGCCUUGGACAGCAAACACAUAGGAGUUUGGAUGAUGUCCGUAUGAAUUUUGAAGUACUAAAGUACUGUGCAACUGUCUUGUUUUUGGAAUCCAGCCUGCCUGACAUAUUAACCGAGAACAGUUGGGUGUCUCCAAAUGCUGCUAUAAGAUGUCGUACUAAUGGAAGUAUUUCGAAUGGGAUGGGCUUGAUUAUAGAUACACCUUCAUCGAGUAUCGAGAUAGGAAGUCCUAUGAAAUCUGUUGCAGAAGCUCACAUAGAAUCAGACAAUCCAAUAUUUCCACUUGUGAGCAGACAUGUGGAGGUACCAGAUCUUCUUGAAAUAAAUUCCUCUAGGCCUGACCCUUUUAACUUAGUCCAAUUCAGUGCGGAAGUAAGAGAAUCCAUUCAGUUAGAUGACAUGAAAGAUGAACCUGCUUCAGAUUCACGAGAUUCUUCUGCGUCAACUGCAACAGGGGGUUACAUUAGCUACACCGACUUCUUAGAACCAAAUAAAAUUUCAAUUUCUUCCAUCUCCUUAAGUCUUCGCCCCUUGUAUCGUGGAACUCAGAAGAUACAAAUCUUGCACAACAAUGGUGAGUUGCAAGUUUUCUCUAGAUGCCUGAAGGUGCGGUUUGGAAUUAGUACAAGGUUUGUUGAUUAUGCUGGUCGACCACGGUUGAGUUUUGUGGUGGAUGCAUCAUCAGAGCUAUGUCAACUUUUGGAUGCAAUUGAUAAUCUUGCUCAGAAAUUAAUCGAGGAUACAGGAAGCAUGUCAGAAUGGAGGCCUGUGGUCAACAGAAAGCCUGGCUUUAUGAACUGUCCUACCAUUCGUCUGAAUUUACCAACUGUGGUAGAUGGUAAUAUCUCCCGCUGGGUCACAGAGAUAUACCAGAAAGAGUCUUCCUCAACGCAGAAGCUCAUGUUCAGUAGGUUUGAUGUGGCAGAACUGGAUCCCUUGAUUAGUCCAGGGACUGUGUUGGAUGCAUACUACUCAUUGGAUUCAUAUGACUACCAACAGAUUGCAGGCAUCCGUCUGGUGGCUAAAAAGUUGAUUGUGUAUUCCUCCUGAGAGAUGAGGUGCCUUGUUGACUGGUAUAACUUAAUAGUUGUAAAAUUUGCUUCUAAUGUCUACUUUAUUUUGGACAUAGGAGAAGGCUGUAAAGUCUGACGAGAAUGAUAUUCAAAUUGUUUCACCUAAUAAUAAGUUGGGUUGUUUUUCA